AUGGAUAAGCUCAGAGUCGAAACAGAGAAAGAAUAUGGCUCAAAAUUCGAUAAUGCACAAUCAUAUGUAUCUAGAUUGCUUCAGGUUUCAUCAGUUUUCGAUGAUGAGGAACAAAACCCACCUGUGUUUGAUGAAAAUAAGCUUCAAACGUGGAGUUCUCAGUACUAUAGGGUUGAACCAGUGGUGGUAGUAGCCCCACAAAGCUCUGUUCUUGAAGAACGGAGUGAAAAGCCAUUGAUUUUGCCUGUUAGAAGCUUGAAUACUUGUGUUUCAGACUCUGAUAUGAUUGAAUCAGACAAUGUAUCUGAUGGUAAAUUUGGAGGCGCGAGUCCUCUAGAUUUAGAGGAAAGGGUAGAAGAAAAUGUUAUUCUUCGAUCUCCGAUUCCAUGGCGAUCCAGAUCAGGAAGGAUGGAAAUGAAAGAAGAUGGGGAUAGUACUUCCCUGUAUCAAUCGUCUCUUUCAUCUAAAUCACAUUCUUUUAGGUCUCAAUCAUCUCGUUCAUCUAGACCCAAUUCAAAUUCUCCUUCGCCAAACAAGUUUUCUCCUACACCAUCCCUAUCUUCUCCUAAAAAUCGAUCUCCUUCGCCUUCCUCAUCGAGAAUUGAAGCCAAGAAUGCAGAAGAUUUGGUGAGAAAGAAGUUUUAUCACAAAUCUUCACCACCACCACCAUCAUAUCGUCAAAAAACUCCAUUGAUGAAAUCAAAUUCUAGUCUGACAAGUGCUGAUGUUUCUUCUAAGAAGGAAUUGAAGCGUAGUGUUCGAAGUUUACCUAUGGAUUUGAAUAAGAAUAGCAUAGAGGAAGUGUUGAGCAGAGCAAACAUGGGGUCAGAGUCGAGACCCAGAACCCAAAACGGUGGUCCACGGGUGGCAAAAUCUGUUCGGACAAUUAGAUCGACUGUCAGAGAAUUUGGAGAAAAUUUCAUGAAUGAAAAAGCAGAGAAAAGAUCAGAGGAACUUGAGUCAAUUUUCAUUGACAAAAGAGAGAAAUUAUUGCAUGAACGCGUACCUCUUGUCUCGCAGCAGAUUUUCUCCGACUUUCCAGAGAGAGAGGAGAGAAAAAUUGAUGAAAAUGUGGUAGUGGAAACCGGUGAUGAUGAGUGGGAGAGUGAGGAUAUUAACAUUGAAGGAUGUCCAGAGAGUGAAGAAGUUGCAGAAAAUAGAGUUGGUGACAAUGGUCCAGAUGUAGACAGGAAGGCUGAUGAGUUCAUAGCAAAAUUUAGAGAGCAGAUUAGGCUUCAGAGGAUUGAAUCUAUUAGGAGAUCAACAGGCCCCUCUAAAAAAAAUUUGAGCUAA